GUUGAACACAGUUGAUUUAAGUUUAAUUGCUCAUCAGAAAUAUGUUGCUUUAUUUCGAUCUUAACGACCGAUUUUGAGAUAUCUGUCUUCACCGCUGCCCGGAGUCCUUGCAAAUUUGGCUGCCAAGUGGAGGGACUUUUCCUAAAGAGAAUUUUUUAUCAGUGCACUGGGCAGUAUGCCAGCUAUAUUUUCAUAAUCGUUCGGAAAACGUUUAGGGUUUAAGAGCUUAUGCAAAGUUAUGCAAUGUCUAAAAUAUUUCAAAUAAAUCAAUCAAAGUUAAAACCAAAAUAAUGUUUACACGAUGUUUGAUAAAACACUCAAGAAUCAUGUUGCGUGUAUAUUUGGCACGGUGUGGUAAAGAGCGAGUCAUACAAUGACAACACUCCAAAAAAACAGACGACGAAACGAAACAAAAAUAGAAACAACGUAGACAACUGUCACGAUUUAUUUUAAGUGUGAUAAAUUCACAAGGCAGUCUGAUUUGAUUUAUAGAGUGCAGUUUUAGACUAUUGAGUGUUAAAGCAAGAGAAAUGUCAGCUGCAGCGCGUGUUGCCGCAGGGCCAAUGAUGCUGUCCCGUUUUCGAGGCGCUAUGGUCGGUGCGGUUUUGGGAGAUUGUGUAGGCGGUGAGUUUGAAGGUGCUGUGGAUGUUCCUAUGGAUCGAGUUCUUCAGCAUCUCAAUAUGCUGGAAGAUGAAACACGGGGCGAUGGAAUUCUUCAGUACAGUGAUGACACAGCCAUGAUGCGAUGCGUUGCAGAAUCACUGCUUACCAGGGCAGAGUUUGAUGAACAAGACAUGGCUCGAAAAUUCGCAAAAGAGUAUAAUCUUGCCCCAGGACGAGGUUACGGCGGAGGUGUCAUAAAUGUGUUGCGAAAGCUUGCAUCGCCCCAUCUGAAGGAUGUCUUCCAGCCAGCGAGAGCUCAGUUUGGUGGACGUGGCUCUUUUGGGAAUGGGGGCGCAAUGAGAGCUGCCCCCUUUGCCCUGGCCUUUAGAAAUCCAGCCGAUGUGUGCGAGUUUUCACGGGUUGGCGCAAUGCUAACACACUCCUGUUCUUUGGGUUACAAUGGGGCAAUGUUGCAGGCCCUUGCUGUCCAUCUCUCUCUUCAGGGGGCUUUGGCUGUGCCAAGUGAUUUCAUCGAUAGACUGAUCUCAGAAAUGGAACAGGUGGAAAAGGAUAAAACAGCACAGCUUGAUGCUAAAGCGCUAAAGUUAUCAGAGUUUCCAUAUUGCACGCGUUUGCAAAAAGUGAAAGAACUUAUGAAAAGAAACAAUGUGAGCAUUGAGGAGGUCAUAUCCGAACUAGGGAAUGGCAUUGCUGCUUUACAGUCUGUGCCCACUGCUAUCUUCUGCGUUCUGCAUUGUUUGGAGCCAAGGGAUGGGCUACCGGAGCGAUUCGGAGGCCUGGAGAGGACAAUAGCCUACAGUUUGGCUCUUGGUGGUGACACGGAUACCAUCGCUUGCAUGGCAGGGGCAAUUGCUGGGGCACAUUACGGCAUCGAGUCCAUUUCUCAGACCUGGCAAAACAGCUGUGAAGGGGUGGAUGAAGCCGAUGUUUUAGCAAAGCGAUUAUACAGUCUGUACACAGCUACACAGUUUGAUGAGGACAGCGGGAGCACGAGCUACACAACUACUGAAUCGUACACACGUGAUCGGCACACUACAAAAACUGACUGACCCAGCAUACGGCCAUACACAACAUGCAGUCACACAAUCAAAAACUGGCACACAGUGUCGUAUGCACCUGUUAAUGUUUAUAAUAAUGUGAAGAGUCUUCUUGUGCAAAACUGUUUACAAUAAAAUGAACAAAAUCGUA